CGGCCUUAGAUCGAAGGCCUGGAAGCUGCUACUGAACUAUCUACCUCUCGAUCAUUCUCAGUGGCAUAAGUUUUUGACACGUUCAAGGCAAGAGUACUCGAAUUUGGCAACCGAAUUUGUCAUAUCUUCUACAAACAACGAGUCCAAUUGUGAUGAUCCCCUUAGCUGCCAUCCCGACAGUGAUUGGCGGAAGUACUUCGAUGACAAUGAGGUGCUCCUACAAAUUAACAAAGAUUGUCGCCGACUUUAUCCGGAGUUUGAUUUUUUUCGGAGGCCAACUUCCCAUCCAUUCUACAAAGUUUAUUCGCCGUCUGUUGCUGUCAGUGCUUUGAGGAAUCGUUUACACACGGAUGUCUUCCAUGUAAUUUUUUUCUUGUAUCAAUUCAUGUCUUUCAUGCAGCGUCUUCGGAAAUCUUGA